AUGCAUGCCCUCUUUCACCUUCUUCCCACUCUUGGACUUCGAUUCAAACCCUCUUCGUCUCGUUUCCUCAGUCACCCAAUAUCAUUCUCCUAUUCCCUCUCCACAAUGAGUUCAUCGGUGGCGCUCCCUUCGGUUUCUCUGAAGAAGGUCUCGUUCGGUGGUCCGGAGUUCUUGAAGAGUUCGAAUUCUUUGGGUUUUAAGCAUGGAAUUCGAGGUUUUGGUCCGCGAAAUCUGGAUAAAUCUAGGGUUUUCAUGAGCGUUUCAGUGGGAUCUCAAACAGCCGUUGAUGAUGCCUUGUUUUUGGAUUAUAAACCGACCUGCGCUUUUCUCUUUCCUGGCCAGGGUGCUCAAGCAGUUGGAAUGGGUAAAGAGGCUCAAAAGGUACCUGCUGCGGAAGACUUGUACAAGAAAGCAAAUGACAUUCUAGGGUUUGACCUGCUGGAUGUUUGCAUAAAUGGACCAAAAGAGAAGCUAGAUUCCACUGUUCUAAGUCAGGUGAGUUGGUGUGGGGCACUAAUGUUGAUCUAUAGGUUACAAUCUAUUCAGAUGGCCCAAUAUGCUUUUCCUGUGUUGGUAGAGACUAAAGAAGGUCAUUUUAACAACUACGAUGCUGCAACAAUAUCGCCAGCUAUAUAUGUUACAAGCUUAGCUGCAGUGGAGGUACUCCGUGCUCGUGAUGGAGGUCAGCAGAUAAUUGAUUCUGUGGAUGUCACUUGUGGUCUAAGCCUUGGAGAAUACACUGCCCUAGCAUUUGCUGGAGCUUUCAGCUUUGAGGAUGGACUCAAGCUGGUCAAAUUAAGAGGUGAAGCCAUGCAGGGAGCUGCUGAUGCUGCUAAAAGUGCCAUGGUGAGUGUAAUAGGACUGGAUUCAGAGAAAGUACAACUACUCUGUGAUGCUGCAAAUGAAGAUGUAGACGAAUCUGACAAAGUUCAAAUUGCAAAUUUCUUAUGCCCUGGCAAUUAUGCAGUCUCCGGAGGUGUGAAAGGAGUGGAAGCAGUAGAAGCCAAGGCAAAGUCAUUUAAGGCUCGAAUGACGGUGCGUCUAGCUGUUGCUGGUGCUUUCCACACUAGUUUCAUGGAGCCAGCCGUCUCAAGAUUGGAAGCUGCUUUGGCAGCGACAGAAAUUAGAACUCCAAGAAUACCAGUAAUAUCCAAUGUUGAUGCACAACCACAUGCUGAUCCAGACACAAUUAAGAAAAUAUUGGCACGUCAGGUGACUUCUCCUGUUCAAUGGGAGACAUCGGUGAAGACUCUCCUAAACAAAGAGUUGAAGAAGAGCUAUGAAUUAGGACCUGGAAAGGUUAUAGCUGGCAUAGUGAAGAGAAUUAACAAAGGUGCAGCCAUUGAGAAUAUUGAUGUUUGA